AAGAGAUCCCUCUUCUCCAUCCCUCUUUGCUCGCACAAGACAUUCGUUUGGGCCAGCUCCGACUUCACGAGCUGAUUUGCUUUUUUCUUUGCCCAGCUUUGAGUGGUUGUGGCCUUCCCCUCAUUUUGACACAAGACUCGUCCGAGUAAUAUCUAGCAUCCUUGGGCCGCCAACAGCCGUUUUCCCAGCUCGCGAUAGCAGCACAAGGCGUGGCUUGCGCAUCGCCGGCCGGCGCCUGCUCUACACGUCCUACCAUGCCAUGGCCGCGUUCCACUCAAUGUCAUCCGGCGCGACGUCUGGCGAUGGCAUGACUCUGAACAGUGCCGUGGUGGACGGUAUAGAUGCUUCCCUGUUCGAUGACUCUCUGUUAGAUCCUGCAAACGGCACAUUUCCCACCAUGUCGUUCACGCCGACCUACGACUUCCAAGACUUCUCCGCCACGGGCUUCGAAGACCCUUUCGCAUACUCGAAUCGUCAGUACGAAGUCCAACUCGCUCCCGAGGAGUUCAGCCAAGAUUCCACCACACAAGAGCUGGACAGCAAACUCUUGGGCUUUUCGGCGCCCUUGCUAAAAGCUGCAGUCGUCGACGGGACCGGCCAGCAUGUGGAAGCCAACAUGUCGGCCGAGCUGUACGGCAUGUUCUUCGUGGCCGAGGACGUCUUUGGCGCCGAGAACAGCGGCAGGCCGCUCGAGCUGACAUGCUAUCGGAGGAAUCUGUGGCAGUGCUCCGGUCAAAUUACGCUGCCGCGGCACAUCACGCACAUUGUAGACGAACAGGGCCGGCAAAUCCCCAUAUUCGAGCUGGCGGCUUCGAUAACGGCGGUCGAGUCCAUCGAGGGCAAGGCGACAGAGAUCAUCUCGAUACCUUGGAAGAGUGCGCAUCCGAUAGGCGCCGAAGAACCGAAGUCUACCGGCGGACCCCCUACUAUUGUCUUGGACCUUGAGAAUGGACAAGAAGUAGAUGCGAACAGGGUUUCUCUGCCUUUGUCAUGGAAAAGGCUGCAAUUCAAGCACGCGACGGCCAAUAACGGAAGGAGAAAGGGUCUCCAGCAGCAUUAUUUGGUGCAGAUCAACCUAUUGGGCAAGCAGCAAACCGGCGAGUACGUCAAGAUUGCCGAGGUACACUCUGGGCCCGUCAUUGUUCGAGGCCGUAGCCCGCGGAACUUUGACAGCCGAAAAGAUAUACCUUUGACCGGUGGGGACAAAAAACUUGGGGGGAGAAGCAAUAGCGACGCUUCCGCAACAACCGUCAAAGAAAGCAGCAACAGCAGUGUACCUACUCCAGUACUGAAAUACCAACAACCCCAAGGCAGCGCCCAGCAACCAGCAGACUGGGCACCGCCGCAGAUGUACCAGGACCCUGGCAGGGGCCCACCUCCGUCGAAGAAAGUGGCCAUGUCGCCGGGAAUCAACCGGCCUCCCAUACCAGCCUGGUCGUCAGAGACAUCGAGGCCGCUGGCCAGAGCAUCGACUUCGAGCUCGGCACCACGGGCAGGGGUUUCUGGUCCUAUCAACCUGUCUCUCUCGGAAGACGAGAGGAGCCCCAACAGGUCCAACUCGGACGUGCAGAGCCCGCAGUUCAGCAAGUCGACGGCGGCCGCAGGGCACCACCUGAGCCAGAGCCCCAAGGAAGAGGACGACUUGCUCUACGAAUACUUUCCGCUCAGCGUGGAUGACUGGAUGCCACCGGUGGAAGCAAUUUACCGACCUCACGUCGUACACCACACCAUCGUGCCACCCGAGAUCAAGGCGCAGCAACUGCGCAGUAAGGCAAAGCGAUACUUCACCGCCGAAUCGUGAACGCCAUAUCCGCUUGUCAUUUCAUCUACAUCUAGUUCUAGACGCUUUUGUCCAAACCCAAGCUUUUGAAUUACGACGGGGUCUCGUGGUAAAUUUCUGAAUGAACUGACGAAGCUAUGCGAUUUUUUCUACUAUUGUUUUCUCUUGUUGUACAUCAUAUUAGGUAAUGACAAGUCUGCUUGAUCUCGGACAGAGAGAGCCAGAGCAGGAUGGAGGUGGGAGCAAAUGGGAAAUAGGGCUGCGACCGGCACAGUUGGUUAUGUUAUACCCCAGUCUAGGUGAAGAAGUAUCAAAAGCGAAGAAUAUCAGACCCCGUUCGACUCCCGUUGGAGCCU